UCACAGCAUUUUUGCGCCCAGCGGUCUAUCUGGCAACCCGUGAGUCACUCUGUGCAAAAGUGAAGCCGGCGUUGUCGUGGUGUUCCGUUGCCAGAAAUACUCUGAAUUCUCAUCGUAAUUCGCCAAGAGCGCACACAAAGUACAUCACAAAGUGUUCCCCGUGGAUUGAGGCGCGAGAAUUGGUAUAGUUUGCGCGUGAGGGCAUUGUUUGAGUGGGGCUACUGGUGAUUUUCUCCGAGAACGCAGCUGGAAGUCAAAAUGGCGGAUAAUGACGACCUUUUGGAUUACGAGGAUGAGGAGCAGAACGAUCCGGUGGUCGCAGAGGCCGCGGAGGCGCCCAAGAAGGAUGUGAAGGGCACUUACGUGUCCAUCCACAGCUCGGGCUUCCGGGAUUUCCUGCUGAAGCCGGAGAUUCUGCGUGCGAUCGUCGAUUGCGGCUUUGAGCAUCCGUCUGAAGUUCAGCACGAAUGCAUUCCGCAGGCGGUGCUGGGCAUGGACAUUCUCUGCCAAGCGAAAUCGGGCAUGGGGAAGACGGCGGUGUUCGUGUUGGCCACUCUGCAGCAGCUGGAGCCCACGGAGAAUCACGUGUACGUCCUCGUGAUGUGCCACACGCGUGAGUUGGCGUUCCAGAUCAGCAAGGAGUACGAGCGCUUCUCCAAGUACAUGCCGGCCGUGAAGGUGGCCGUCUUCUUCGGCGGCUUGCCCAUCCAGAAGGACGAGGAGAUCCUCAAGAGCACGAAUCCGCACAUCGUUGUCGGCACGCCGGGGCGCAUUCUCGCCCUCAUUCGCAGCAAGAAGCUGAAUUUGAAGCACCUCAAGCACUUCAUCCUCGAUGAGUGCGACAAGAUGCUCGAGCAACUUGAUAUGCGUCGAGACGUUCAGGAGAUAUUCCGCAAUACGCCUCAUGGGAAGCAAGUGAUGAUGUUCUCAGCCACGCUCAGCAAAGACAUUCGUCCUGUCUGCAAGAAAUUCAUGCAAGAUCCCAUGGAAGUGUAUGUGGACGAUGAGGCGAAGCUGACGCUGCACGGACUGCAGCAGCAUUAUGUGAAGCUGAAGGAGAAUGAGAAGAACAAGAAGCUCUUUGAACUACUGGACGUGCUGGAGUUUAAUCAGGUGGUAAUAUUUGUGAAGUCUGUGCAGCGCUGCAUGGCGUUGGCGCAGUUGCUGACGGAGCAGAACUUCCCGGCCAUUGGCAUCCAUCGUGGGAUGGUGCAGGAGGAGCGCUUGUCGCGCUAUCAGCAGUUCAAGGACUUCCAGAAGCGCAUUCUCGUGGCGACGAAUCUGUUUGGACGCGGAAUGGACAUCGAGCGGGUGAAUAUUGUCUUCAACUACGACAUGCCCGAGGAUUCUGACACUUAUUUGCACCGCGUGGCGCGAGCCGGUCGCUUCGGUACCAAAGGAUUGGCCAUCACGUUCGUGUCUGAUGAGGCAGACGCGAAGAUCCUCAAUGAGGUGCAGGAUCGAUUUGACGUGAAUAUCACGGAACUUCCGGAUGAGAUUGAUCUCUCCUCAUACAUUGAGGGACGAUAGACGUUGCAGAGCGAGUGAGACAGACAGAUUACUGCAAACAUUUACUUUACAAUUAAGUAAUUUCAUUUAGUGGAUAAGCAAGAGGAUUUUGAUUGAUUACAUACACUAUGA